GAACAAAUUGCUCUGACAGUUACAAGGAGUGAUGCAAUCGAAAGGCAGCCCAAACCAGGCAGAGCCCGGCUGGACUGUCGCUGCCUAAAAAAACCGUGAUGUUUUGGAAGGGUUAUUUUCUCAGCACUGAGAGGAGAAAGGGAAGAGAAGAGGAGUGAUGAGUCUCAAAGCAACUAAUAAUUUAAUGUGAAGCCGCUCGGCUCCGUCCUGACUGAGGAAGAGAGAGAGAGAGAGAGACUCAGGGACAGCCGCCACCGCCACUAAAAACACCACAGCUUUCACUGGACUUUUAAACAACAACAAAAAGUCCACGACUUUUUAGGGUUGAAAACAAUAUAUAUCACGUUUUGUGUCCCAAGUUCCUCCUUUUUAAUCAAAAUAUUAGCUGUCUUUUCUCCUCCCCCCCCCAACUAGACUCUUUACCCUUUCUCCACCCCCUACAUACGAAGAAGAUCAUUUAAAAAAAAGAAAAUCAAAUUCAAAAAGAAAAGAAAUAAUAUCUCGAAGCUAUAUGUUGUCCAGAAACCAACCGGUCCGGCUGUUAGUUUUCACGAAGAGUCCGAAGUGAAGAGUUGCUAUUUUUCUUAUGCCUUGGAAGUUUGCCUUUUAGCUCCGCGCAGAGAAGUGGGUGAUCUCUGAGAGUUGGUGGUGAGCAUGGAAAAACCCAGUGAAACAGUGCAAGUGAAGGAGAAUUCAGAAAAAAACAACAAUCUCAUUGAUCCUAAAGGUACCCCGGCUAAGAUCCCCCGCUUGGACCAGAAUGGGAGUCUCUCCACCCGCAACAGACUGGGUAGCAUGGGUGCCAAAGUGACUGGAGGCUCACUCAAACACACGGGCCAGCUGGUGAAAAUCGGUAAUAAAAAAGGAAAUAUGCUCCCUGUUUUCUGUGUGGUGGAACACUUUGAAAGUCCUAUCGAGUAUGAAAGUAAGGAAGAACAUGCAGAAUUUGUUCUGGUACGGAAGGACAUGUUGUUUAAUCAACUAGUGGAGAUGGCGCUGCUUUCUCUUGGAUAUUCCCACAGUUCUGCUGCUCAGGCUAAAGGCCUGAUCCAGGUUGGGAAGUGGAAUCCAGUCCCUCUCUCAUAUGUGACAGAUGCACCGGAUGCCACAGUAGCAGACAUGCUGCAGGAUGUGUAUCAUGUGGUCACACUGAAAAUUCAGUUACACAGUUGCCCAAAACUGGAAGACUUGCCACCUGAACAGUGGACACACACAACCGUCAGAAAUGCUCUGAAGGAACUACUGAAAGAAAUGAACCAGAGCACACUGGCAAAAGAAUGCCCCCUCUCCCAGAGUAUGAUUUCCUCCAUUGUAAACAGCACUUACUAUGCAAAUGUAUCAGCAGCAAAAUGUCAAGAAUUUGGAAGAUGGUAUAAACAUUUUAAGAAGACAAAAGAUAUGAUUGCUGAAAUGGAGACUAUGUCUGAAUUGUCUAUUUCUCAACAAGGAACAAAUCAUGUAAACUUUGGAUCACCAACAGUUCCUGGGAAUGGUACUGAACUGCCCCAGCCACCGUCACCUGCUCAGCUUCCUCAUAGUGGUCAGCCUGCUACGAGGUCCCAACUUUCCAAUUUGCAUCCUGGACUUGUCUCUGCACCUCUUAGCCCACAGUUGGUGAACCAGCAGCUGGUUAUGGCCCAGAUAUUAAACCAACAAUUUGCUGUCAACAGACUCCUGGCACAACAGUCCCUAAAUCAACAAUACCUGAACCACCCUCCUGUCAACCGGACCAUGAAUAAACCAUUAGAACAACAAAGCUCAUCAAAUGCUGAAGUGUCUUCCGAAAUCUACCAGUGGGUUCGUGAUGAGUUGAAGCGAGCUGGCAUCUCCCAAGCAGUGUUCGCUCGUGUGGCUUUCAACCGAACUCAGGGUUUAUUGUCUGAAAUUCUCAGAAAAGAAGAGGACCCAAAGACUGCCUCACAGUCUUUGUUGGUCAACCUGAGGGCAAUGCAGAAUUUUCUAAACCUGCCAGAAGCAGAAAGGGACCGUAUUUACCAGGAUGAAAGGGAGAGGAGCCUCAAUGCAGCCUCAGGGAUUGGAACUACACCUUUGAUAAGUUCUCCUAACCGUACCCAACAGGUCAAAACGUCCUCCAUUACAACUGAAUGGAAUGGUAAAUCGGAAGGCUGUGCACUUAAUAUUAAUGCUUCCAUUUACGAUGAGAUUCAGCAGGAAAUGAAGAGGGCCAAAGUGUCCCAAGCAUUAUUUGCUAAGGUUGCAGCAACAAAGAGCCAGGGUUGGCUAUGCGAACUUUUACGUUGGAAGGAAGACCCUUCACCAGAGAAUCGGACUCUUUGGGAAAACUUAUCAAUGAUCAGGAGGUUCCUGAGUCUUCCUCAGGCUGAGAGAGAUGCUAUUUAUGAGCAAGAAAGCAAUGUGAUCCAUCACCAUGGAGACCGACCAUCUCACGUCAUCCAUGUUUCUGCAGAGCCCAUUCAGCAACAGCCAGCAACACCCCGACUUGCACCUAAACAGCCAACGUCAACACCAGCAGAAUCAGAAGAUGAGAGCCGGCAUAAGCCCAGAUCUCGCACUAAGAUUUCUGUCGAAGCCCUGGGGAUCUUACAGAGCUUUAUACAGGAUGUGGGUUUGUACCCAGAUGAAGAAGCAAUUCAAACUCUGUCAGCUCAACUUGACCUGCCCAAGUAUACCAUCAUAAAGUUUUUUCAAAACCAACGUUACCAUCUAAAGCAUCAUGGCAAACUGAAGGACCAUGCAGGUUUGGAGGUGGAUGUGGCGGAGUAUGAGAAAGAAGAAUUGCUGGAAGACUCAGAGGACUCAGAGGAAAGCGAGGAAGGCAAAAGUUCAAAAGAAAUAUAUUCAGUUAAAGUAGAAGAGACCUUGUCAGGAGAAGGGACUACAAAUAACUUAGAUCCUGAUCAGGAACCAAAAGACUGACCCUGACAUCACAUGAACUUUUCUUUUUUGUAACUGUGCCACUGAUGUGUAUUUACAUAAAAAAAGUCUUGUUUCCUGCAUUAUUCAUCAGAAAGACCAAUUUGUCUUUACAUACUUGCACAAAAAAAUAAGGAGUCCCAGUAAAAGACUGAACAAUUCUCCUGUGGAUAAUGCAGACUGCACUAGAAGUUUUUUUUGUUUUUUUUUUCAAGCAAACAAGCAGCUACAUAUGAAGUAUUUGGGAUUGCCUUGAACAUUUUUGUAACUGCUGUUUACUGAUUAAUGACAGUUUCUGUACAGAGUAUCAACAGAGGAAACUGGUACUGUAUGAUGUUUGACUGUAUUGUCUGUCAAACUUAAAAUGCUCAUUCAGAAGCUUCCCACAAUUGAUCAUAGAUUACCCGGUCCUGAAUGGAUCAAACACUCCAGUUUCAAUUCUCUACCCAAACCAGUAUGUUUCUUGCAACUUAAAAGAAAAAUCUGGCCUUUUUAAAAAUUAACAAAAUUGCAGAUAGGAUACUUUAUCUUAGCUAUAUAUUGUUAAAGUUGCAAAAAAAGGAAGAAACUGCUCGCUGCAAAAUGCAGCGUUAAUGGAAAAUAUGCCAAUAAUUGCCUUGUGUAAUAUGGCACUGCCAUCAUUCAAUUAUUCUGCAAGAGAGCAAUCACUGUAACUUUGAGUCUUGUCAUUACCUGAUUUUAAAAUGUGAAACACAACUUUUUUUUAAAAUUUGUGUAGUGUAGAUUAUUUAUUUUCAGAAAACUUAGCCUCAUGAUGUAAUUAAUUUUUUGAAGUUUCUGUUACAUGUAACAUAGUGCUUUUUCAUACUGACUUUUUCUAUUUAUAUAUGUAUUUUGAUGGGCAGUGAUACAAAGUGUCUUAAAAGUUUCAAUUGAAAAAUUGUGCUUUAAAAUUUGCCUAAAAACUGCUGUAUGUUAUCAAAGCAAUUCAUACCAUGGGCUUCACUCUUUAUGGUGUAUGCAAUUUUCUAUAUUAAUGUUAAACCAUCAUGCAAAUGAACAUAGGUCAAUAAAAAUAAAAUACAUUAGAUAACUUAUAAAAUUCACUGAAAAAUAGAUGUUUUGCAAUGUGUCUUCCUUCAGUUUACAAUGGAUUGAAGCUUUUUUCAGUAUAAAUUUCUGUAUGAAGAUUACAAGUGUAUCUGUUUUUCUGAGUUAUAUUGCUAUGUGGAACUAUGAGAUCACAAAUUAUUUUAUUAAAUCUGACCAUGUUAGACAUUUUUUUAAAGCAUCACAGUUUUUCUUUAUGCAAAAUUGUUCAGAUGGGGAUGGUUAUUAAUUGUUAAUUGCACAAUUAAACUAUCUUUAUAUAAUACAA